GGCUGUGAGUUCCCGUUACUCACACCUGAAAACCUUACACUGCAGAAAAAGGAGUGUGGUGGUAAAUGCAGCUGUCUGAAGAACAGUGUAAAAAGAGGAAGACGAAGUGGAACAACACUGUGAUCAUCCUACUAAGUACAAAUAAAAGAAAAGGAACUUCAGUGAUUAAGUUAUUUAAGUUGUUCAUUUGACUUCAGUCAGUAAACCAGGUCAUAAUUCAGGAAAGGACAAUAGAAUCAGCACACUGAUGGAGACUCAAGAUUUAGAAUUUGAGAAUUUUGACUACAAUGUCUAUGAAAAUAUUAAUUCAUUUUAUGAUUAUGAACUGCACACCAGUGGUUUCAACGCUGUACAAAGACACUUUGAAUUGUUCAUAAUUCUCAGCAUUGUGAUCAUCCUCAGUGUCAUUGGUAACAUCCUGGUUGUUGUGAUCAGUGUAUUCUAUAUGAGACUUCGAUCACUGACCAUCAUCUUCAUACUCAACUUGGCUCUGUCAGACCUGCUGUUCACUGUCGGACUGGUAUUCAAGGUCUGUAGCCAUAUCUGGGGUUUGAAUCGUGGAGAUGCAGCGUGUAAAGCGGUUCACUUUGUUUCCUCAGCUGGAUUUUACAGCAACAUCGUGUUCCUGGUGUUGAUGAGUAUUCAGCGAUACACGGUCGUGGUGCACCCUCUCUCAGGCUGGAAGAAAGGACCUUGCGCCACAUGUGUCCUUAUCUGUGCAUGGGUAGUGAGCAUCUUGGCAGCAUUUCCAGUCAUGGCGUGGACUGUAGCACUUCCUUACUCAGGACAUUGUACAUACAGCAUCUAUCCUGCAUUUAUUGCUAUUACUUAUAAAGAGAACAUUGUUUUUGUGUGCGCUUUUUUGUUCAUGGGUUUUUGCUACAUCAGGAUUCUGCAAACCAUCUUCAAAUCACCAACAAACCACAAACACAGAACUGCUGGACUUGCCUUCUUUCUGGUAGCUACAUUCUUUAUUUGUUGGGCUCCUUAUAACAUAGUGAAUUUUCUGGACACCUUAACUUAUUAUCCAAUACAGUUUUCUACUGAGGUCUUAAAACAUCUCAAUUACGCCAUGUACAUCUGCCAUCUUCUGGCUUUCACCCGAUGCUGCCUCAAUCCAGUGAUCUAUGGUUUAUUUGGUGUAAAAUUUCGUAAAGCAGUGAGAGAGAUUUUUCAUAGGCAAGCUCCUUUAAACUCCGCACAAAUCAGGAUUGAAGAAUGUCAUUCUGACAGUUUUGGGUCAGUUUAAGCAAAGCAGGAUUUUGGUGAGCUGUAACUUCACUUGGACUCUCUCUUGAGGCUCUAGAGAGAGUUGCUAAUAUUGCUACGAAGAAAAUCCUAAGAGAAAGCGAGAAAAAAAAAGAAUUUUUCUACAAAAACCAUCAGUGGAUAAGACAGCUAAUUUUUUUAGACAUCCGGCAAACAGCAGUAAGAAAACAGUGAAGCAAAAGUUUGCUGUGAACACUGCAUAACCCUUUUACACGUAAGUGUUUAAACACACACACACGAUGAGCCUGUGCCCAUGAUAGCCUCAGAUUCCUGUUCUUGGCUGACAGAUGUGGAACCUGAUGUGGUCUUCAUCACUUUUUUUUUUGGUACUAACUUUACCUUUAUUGAAAUAAGGUACAGUAUGUGUAAGAAUGUAUCACACAUUUUCCUAAUUUGUCUAACUGUAACAACACAGCAAUUUUUGUUUUAUUUCUGGAUAAUCUUUGUUUUGUGUCAUACAAUAAAUGAGAAGUGUACAUAA